CUGAGAGGUCUCCUGGGCGUUGUGGAUUUGCUCGUUUUUCCUGAGGGGCCCGUCUACUUGCGUAACGUGUCUAUUAUCCGCCGAACUUUGACCUGCUCAAGACUCAAAGGCACGGUGCACUUUUCCCAUUGAUGUUACGGAAUGUUUUUGUUGCUGAGUUCUUGCACCCCCUUCUCUCUGACUCCUCUGGCUGACUGUAUGGGGCAGGUUCACCGUAGCACUGUGUCACGCUCUGCAUCGAUUGUGUCAAUGUCCGCUUCCGUAUCUGUACCACAGGGCAUCUGCUGUUGCUGUUAUAAAGCCUGUUCUGGAAGUUUCUCUGGAUAAGGAGUUCUGUGAGGCGCAUAAGUGUGGGAUUAACACUCCGGUGUGUGGGAAUGUUUCCACAGGAUCCCAGGAGGGAUUUAUCAGCCCCCUAAACACUCCUUUACCAUACCAACACACACACACUCUCUCUUACACACACACACUCACACACAAACAAUCUCUCUUACACACACACACACACUCACUCACACACACACGCACACACACACACACACACACACACACACUCUCUCUCACUCACACACACACACACACACACACUCACACACACACACACACACACACUCUCUCUCACACACACACACAUACACACUCUUUCACACGCACGCACACACACUCUCUCUCACUCACACACACAUGCACACACACACACACACACACAGACAGAGUGCACAACUAUGAUCCCCAGAAAGAAGGGACCCUUGGGACUCCGCCCCCAGGAGCCCCUCCCGGUUGUCAUCAUUGGUAACGGCCCAUCUGGAAUCUGCCUGUCCUACUUCCUGUCUGGCUACAGGCCGUACGUGAGAGAGGCCGCCUCCCACCCCAACCCCAUUCUGCACCGGAAACUUCUGGAAAUUUCCGGGCAGUGCCUUCUGGAACAGGACCUGGAGUACCUGUCUGAAGGGCUGGACGGGCGCAGCCCCAGUCCCCUCGGCCUGCUGUUCGACGCCCUGGUCCGGCCGGACGGGGACCUGGGCGGGUCAGCCGAAUCGCUGCUCUCCUGGCGCAGGGAACCGGAGCGGGGCGUGGCCCACCUGGUGCUCGGCAAGGGCCCAGCUGGAGGGGCCUGGCAGACGAUGGAGGGAUCGAUGAUCACCCUCAGUCUCGGGGACUGGAUGGAGAUGCCCGACCUGUCCUUCAGAGACUGGAUGGCGAAGAGAGGAAGGCAGCUGAGGAACAACAGGGCGGCCACCAGGGACAUAGCGCAGUACUACCAGCACUACGUGGAGGUGAAGGGGCUGCAGCAGCACUUCCGCUGCGGGGCUCUCGUGACUUCCGUGCGGCCCCUCCCACCGGACACCCCCCCGGGGGGCCCCUCCGAGGAGGCGGGACCCCCCGCAUCCACGCUGUACGAGAUCCGGGGGGAGCAGGAGGAGCCGGGGGGCGGGCGGAGUCCGUUCCGCCUCUACGCCCGGAACGUGGUGCUGGCCACGGGCGCGUACGACCGGCCGUCCCGGCUGGGCGUGGAGGGGGAGGACCUGCCCUUCGUCCGCCACACCGUGGGCGACCUGGAGGGGGCGCUGCGGGCGCGGGCGCUGGGCCCCGCCUCCGGCCUGCCGCUGCUGGUGGUGGGGGCGGGGCUCACGGCGGCCGACGCCGUCCUGCUGGGCCGGGGGGCGGGCGUGCCGGUCCUCCACGCCUUCCGGCGCGGGACGGGCGACCCCGCCCUCGUGUUCCACCAGCUGCCCGCCGUCAUGUUCCCCGAAUACCACAAGGUGCACGACAUGAUGCGGGCGCCAGGGGGCGGGGCCUACCCGGGCUACGCCGGCCUGCCGCUCCACCGCGUGCUGCGAUUCGCCGCCGGCGGCCGCUGCUUCCUGCGGGAGGUCGGCGGCGGCGGCGGCGGCGGCGGCGGGAAGGUCCGGGACGUGCGCGUCGCCAUGGCGAUGGUCCUGAUCGGCUCCAACCCCGACCUGUCCUUCCUGCCGGACGAGGGGCGCGGCCUGGCCCUGGACCCGGGCCGUCCCGUCAGCGCCAAGCGCAACCCCCUGGACACGGACCCCUUCACCUACGAGAGCGCCCGCCAGCCGGGACUCUACGCACUGGGACCUCUGGCCGGCGACGGAUUUGUCAGGUUCCUACAGGGCGGGGCGCUGGGCGCGGCUACCUCCCUGCUCAGGAAAACAGGUCUGACUGGGACCUCAUGAGGGGGGGGUUGUCUGAUUUUGAAUUUGUCAAAAUCCGGACUGCACGCUUCCGUAGGGACUGAGCAGAGGACCAGCUGAAUUGUCAUUAAUCUCAUAAACCUCGACCUGUUUUCAGAGGUUUUGCUCAUGUUAAUAUGGAUUCCGUUAAUAUUCAUUCACGUAAUGUACAGACGGAUCGAGUUAUAUAUUUUAAUUUAUACACACUGUACAUAUUAUUCUUCAAGUAUUACAUUUUUUUUAAAAGGUAUUUAAGUAUAUAAACCAGGGGUGUUUCAAUAUUAUCUGAAACGGGCUGAUGUGGUGCAGGUUUUUGUUUUAGCUUGGCACUACGACACCUGAAUAGUCGUCAGUCAAUACCUUGAUAAGUCCAAUAAGGGGUCUUAGUGCACCCACACUGGCCCUUUUCGGAUAAGCUAAUGCACCUCUGAUCUAAACUGUAAGUGUUAAGCCUGUUAAAUAUUUUGUAAAUAAAUAAAGUUGUUUCGGUGAUGAAGAAUAUGAUUAUUAUAAUGAUGAUGACUGACUUGCUACGAACAGAAUUAUAAACUUUAUUUAUAUAGAACCCACCUUGGUUACAAUGGGCUUCACAAAAGCAUCCCAAACAGUUAAACCUCAAAAAAAAAGUUAAAAACAAACAAAAGACGAUAAUGAAUGGUAAAUCUAGAGCAAGAACACAAACAUUAAAGGCAAAAGCAGAGCAUUCAGAUGGGAAUUUUUCAAUAUGUUCUGGCGAAGGUCAGUCAACCAAGGAGUUACCUCUUUGAAGCCUGUAAAUAAAUAGUGAAU